AUGGCAGAUAUAUUAGGUUGGUCGAAAGAUGUGGUGAAGGAUCUGCUCAUGCUAGGUUGGUCUUGUAUUUGCUUGCGAUUGAAACGGUCGCUAAUUUUGCGACGGAAUCAGUCGCAGAUUCUUUUUAAUACCCCAGCCUCGCCCCCAUCUCUAUCUUCUUCUCUUUUCUUUCUUUCUUCUCUUCUUCCUCCAUUGAAAGCCCCAGACCCCCAGCCCGCUGCUUGCCGAAAAAGUUGCAUCCCCAUCUACCAGUUUUUCUACAGUUGUUGGUACCGUGAGACAGUGUACUGGAGGGAUUGUACAAUACGAUCAUCUUCAUCGGCUGAUUAUCGUUCCCCAUGGCGACGGUCUGAAGGAACUCAGUCGUCCCCGGAGGAUAUGAUUGCAAUUUGGACACAAACGGCUGGGGGCAUGAAUAAAGGUCGAGUCUACGGGAUUGAAGUACAAUCAUCCUCCAGUCAUCCACCAACAACAUUAUUCACUGGGGCAUCAGUUUUCCAAGAAGACAUAGAAGUUAUGCAUCAAAAAGUGGAUCAAAUGUCGCAAGAAUUUCAAGCAACUCAGGCUUUGAUCCAAAAAUUGUUAAAAAAAAAAAGCAAGAAAGGAGCUGCAAUGGAGUCUGAGUCUGAGGAGGAGACUGAAACUGAAUAGGCUAUUUGAAUAUUUUAGAGUUGAAGUUAGAGACAUGUUUAAUUUAUGUUGUUUGAUAGUUGGUUGUUUGAUUAGUUGGUUAUUUGAUUAGUUGGUUGAAUUGUUAUAAAUAUUACUGUUCAUUUUGUAGUAGAUAUUGGAUUUUGGAUUUUGGAUUGUUA